AUGUGGGACGUCGGCGGCCAGGACGUCCUGCGCCCGCUGUGGCGCCACUACUACCAAAACACCAACGGCCUCAUCUUCGUCGUGGACUCCAACGAUAGGGAACGCAUUGGCAAGGCGCGACAGGAGCUGGAGAAGAUGCUUACAGAGGACGAGCUGCGCAACUCCAUUCUCCUCGUAUUUGCAAACAAGCAGGACUUGCCCAACGCCAUGAGCACGACAGAGGUGACGGAAAAGCUCGGACUGCAGUCGGUGCGGCAGCGCAACUGGUAUAUUCAGGGAUGUUGCGCCACCUCGGCCCAGGGCCUGUACGAGGGCCUGGACUGGCUUGCCGCAAAUAUUAAGAAAACCACAUAA